CGAAGACAAAGUUUCAGGGCCUGGGGCAGGCCCCGAGAACAGAAAGGUUUCUUCCGGCCUUGCCUGGAUUCCGCAACGGGAGGCGCGGCUGCCGGGAACGGCGUGACGUCACUCCUUCCUUUCAGAGACAGGAACACGCGGGCGGGGCAGUGACUCACCCCGCGCAGGAAGCGCCUCGCCCGCGCGGUGACGAACGCGCAGGCGCGGAACGGCACCCUCCUCCCCCUCCCUCUCUGUCAAUCCCUUUCGCCUCGCUGCGUAGAGCGCGCCGUAAACAAGAAUACCCGGAAGUGCGCUGUAAAAAAAAAGAGGAAGGCAGGUGGAAGGGAGAAUCACCUCUCACCUUCUUCACAAUGGAGAAAAUGGCGGACAUUGACUUUCCCAAUGCUACACAUGAUGUAUUCAAUAUCACCCUUCACACAACGCUGGCUCUUACCACAAAGCUGGUACUUCCUACACCUGCCAAGCCAAUACUGCCAGUGCAAACUGGAGUUCAAGCUCAACAAGAGGAGCAAUCGAGUGGCAUGACUAUAUUCUUUAGUCUUCUUGUAUUAGGUAUCUGUAUCAUAUUGGUGCAUUUAUUGAUAAGAUAUAGGCUACAUUUCAUGCCAGAGAGUGUUGCUGUUGUUUCGUUAGGUAUCCUCAUGGGAGCAGUUAUAAAAAUCAUAGAAGCACAAAAGCUAGCCAACUGGAAGGAAGAAGAAAUGUUUCGUCCCAAUAUGUUUUUUCUUCUUUUACUUCCACCAAUCAUAUUUGAAUCUGGGUAUUCAUUACACAAGGGGAAUUUCUUUCAAAACAUAGGCUCCAUCACCCUAUUUUCUGUGAUUGGGACGGCAAUUUCAGCUUUCAUUGUUGGAGGAGGCAUCUAUUUUCUGGGUCAGGCUGAUGUAAUUUAUAAACUCAACAUGACCGACAGUUUUGCAUUUGGUUCUCUGAUCUCAGCUGUUGACCCAGUAGCUACUAUUGCUAUCUUUAAUGCCCUUAAUGUUGAUCCAGUACUUAACAUGCUGGUCUUUGGGGAAAGUAUACUCAAUGAUGCAGUCUCAAUUGUCCUAACAAACACAGCAGAAGGUUUGACAAGAGAACAUACAUCCGACGUAAGUGGAUGGCAAACCUUUCUCCAGGCUCUGGGUUACUUUCUGAAGAUGUUCUUUGGUUCUGCCGCGCUGGGGACUCUGACUGGCCUUAUUUCUGCAGUAGUAUUGAAGCAUAUUGACUUAAGGAAAACACCUUCUCUGGAGUUUGGAAUGAUGAUUAUCUUUGCUUACCUUCCCUAUGGACUGGCAGAAGGUAUUUCUCUCUCAGGUAUCAUGGCUAUCUUGUUCUCUGGUAUUGUAAUGUCUCACUACACCCAUCAUAACCUCUCUCCAGUGACACAGAUUCUAAUGCAACAGACUCUGAGAACAGUUGCAUUCAUGUGCGAAACAUGUGUUUUUGCAUUUCUCGGGUUGUCGAUUUUUAGUUUUCCUCACAAAUUUGAAGCAUCCUUUGUUAUUUGGUGCAUAGUGCUUGUGCUUUUUGGCAGAGCAGUCAAUAUUUUCCCACUCUCCUACCUGCUAAAUUUCUUUCGUGAUCACAAAAUCACUCCUAAAAUGAUGUUCAUCAUGUGGUUUAGUGGCUUACGUGGAGCAAUUCCUUAUGCGUUGAGCCUCCAUUUAGGGUUAGAACCAAUAGAGAAGCGGCAGCUUAUUGGAACCACGACAAUCAUCAUUGUAUUGUUUACAAUCUUGUUGUUGGGUGGAGGAACUAUGCCUUUAAUCAGACUGAUUGAUAUUGAAGACUCAAAAGCAAGGCGAAAGAACAAGAAGGAUAUUAACCUCAGCAAGACAGAAAAAAUGGGUAACACAAUUGAAUCUGAACACUUGUCUGAACUUACAGAGGAAGAGUAUGAAGCCCACUACAUCAAGCGCCAGGACCUCAAAGGCUUUAUGUGGCUUGAUGUCAAAUACUUGAAUCCUUUCUUUACCCGCCGGCUCACACAAGAGGACUUACACCAUGGUCGCAUACAGAUGAAAAGCCUCACCAACAAAUGGUACGAGGAGGUGCGACAAGGACCGUCUGGAUCUGAAGAUGAAGAGCAAGAGUUACUGUAACUGGAGAGAGAGCAGGGACUUAUACUUAUGGCACUGAAAAUGUAGGACAAUUCAUGAAGAUGAGCUCCAGGGUUGUACUCAAGACUGCAUUUGGUAUACAUUGUGGUGAGCUAGCCAUCUGGAGAUUUAUUCCAAACAAACAGCUGCAACAUGUUUUGAAGGGAAAGACUGUAUCUUGUGCCAAAUUUUGGGUUAUCUGGACAUUGUGCUGAAUCCUUGAACAGUAAACUCCAUCUGCAUUGGGAUAAUUAGAAAAUGGGUUUGUACUGAUUACAAUUGCUGCUGUAUUUAUUAUAUGUGAGAGGGACUCUAUAGGACAGCUUCAGAAAAUUUUAGUGCACUUUAUUCUCUCUCUUUUUUUUCCUGAUACACUGGCUUUGGAAGUCAUGAGGAUAAAUACUGUGAAUAAUGAGCACGUACAUUAUUAUUUGAGGCCCAUUUUUAAUGUGCUGUCUUGGUAUAUUAUGAACUCAAGAGGCAAAAUAAGAACACUGCUACAUGACUGUUAUUGUGCUUGAACAAAAGCACCUAAUUAAAGCCUCAUAGUCUCUGGGAUUUCAAAUUAUAUUGACCUGUUCUCUUUUUUUUAAUAAGGUUGGACUGGCCUGACCCAAUCAUAUUAUUUUUCAAUUGCACUACAGAGCAUUGUUUGAAAUCCACGAUGCUGAAAAUUCACCUCCCUUGCCCUGGUAACUUGAGAAAAGUUGCACAGCAUACAGUGAUGAAUGACCAAGCUUUUAGUCAACUCUUGUAGCUUGAAGUGAACAGCAAGUGGCACGAGCUUGGAAGUUUCUUCCUUGUAAGCAGAGGCAAAUAAACUGAUCCCUUUUCUUUAAAGCAAUCUAUGCUAACGACAGGAUUAGUAAAGCCUCUGUGAUAUUGUCUCAUUCAGACAUUUGGCAUAUCUACUUAAGUGGUUUGAAGGACUUAUCUGCACAUGUAAGGAAAUGAUGGGAUUCAUGGAGCGUGAAUGCUUUUUCUGUGUGCCAGAGUCCAGAAAGUAGAAGAAUCACAUGUCUAACAGUGCAUCCAGGCUGACUGAAAACACGGAGUCAUUUGCUCCACCUCCUUUAAAAAGUCUUGUUCCUAUUUUUUUCUGAUUUUGUACUGGAUUAAAACAAUCCAAGCUGGGAAGCUAAAAAAAAAGUCUCAGAUUGCACCAGGAACAGACGGAAAAUGUUUGGAAAAGGGGAAGGAAUUUCAAAAUUAAAAUGGGAAAGAAUGGACAAUGUUUGGAAAUUUCUGGCUAUUUUAAUCAGCCUGGAAAUUUAUUACAGCCUUCUGUUUUAUCAUAUCCUCCAAACUGUGCUGAUACUCUUCGAAUCACUGAAGAAUAAAAGUGGUUUUACAUAA